UUACUAGAAAAGUGGAAGAGUUCAACAACAAACAAAUUAUGAGAGCAACACAUUAUAAGAGUACGUUUAUCAAGCUAUUGCUGGCAUCCUUGUUUGCGUUUUUCAUAAUUCGGUGUGUUAUGUUUCUCAAGUCUAUAACUUAUUAUAAGCAUUAUCAUAAGUUUUAUCCGGAAGAAAAUGAAUUGUACUGCCAUUUUCUACCCGUCUUCGACACGCUUCCUAGUGUAAAAGAUGCAGAGAUAGUAAGAGAUACAUCGAUUUUCUUUUUGGAAACUUCUUGUAGUUCGUAUCAUAGCGAGAAAAUCUUAAUUAAAAGUCGACAGGCCUGUGCUGUAGAAAGUGCGGCUAGGAUGAACCCAAAUAGAACAGUUUACCUGCUUUACGCAUCUCCAGGUGUAUUUCAAGACGACCAAAGCGAAUCAGAUGGACUAAUCAGGAACUUAAUGUCUUAUUCUAACAUAAAGUUACAAUAUCUCAAUAUGAAAAAGUUCGUUCAGGGAACUCCUGUUGAAAAGCUCUGGGCCGAAGAACAAAUAUAUGAAUCGAAGUAUCUUCUAUGGCAUAUAAGUGAUAUUUUAAGUAUACCUUACCUUGUUGGCGUUACGAGCCGCGGCAUUUGGAGUUUAAUACGUGCAAAUCAUAGCGGGAACGAAGGACAAAAUGAAAUUUUGACCGGCAGUAGAGAAAAUGGAAUUUUAACGCUAUGGAAAUAUGGAGGAAUAUACAUGGAUCUCGAUGUACUAGUAAUGAAAAAUUUGGACACACUGAGUAAAAACUUUGCAGGAGCAGAAGAGCCCGAGAGCUUGGCUAAUGGAGUGAUGGGGUUUAGUAGUAACGGCAUAGGACAUCAAUAUGUCAACUCCUGCGUUUAUGAUUUGGUUGAACACUUUAACGGAGAUGCUUGGGCUGCGAAUGGCCCUCACAUUAUCACAAAAUUUGCAAGUAAACUGUGCAAUGGCAGCGUGAAGGAUUUUUUUGACACGUCUUGUGAAGAUUUCCAUAUAUAUCCAAUAGAUGCUUUUUAUGCAAUACCUUACCCUGCUUGGCAACGUUUCUACGACAGUAGUCAACUUGCCAGUGUUAAGGAAAAAACGAAAAAUAGUUUUCUGAUACAUGUAUGGAAUAAACUGAGUGCCGAUAAAAAAAUACCCAUAAAUGAUGACGUACCAUAUCUGGAUUUUGCUAGGAAAUAUUGUCCAGGAACUGUUCGAAAUUUAAAGGAGUAUUUUUGAAGAAGCAGUUGUAUAUGAAUAAACCUAAUAUAAUUUAAAUAAAAUAUAUAGUGAUUUGUAAUCAAAAAUUUGUAAAUAAAA